GUCCCAAGCCUGGAAUCUGUCAAGCCGCAUUCUGUCGCCCUCAGCGACCGAGAGGUGUGCCCUGGGGCCGGCUGUGUCCCCAGUUCUACCAGGAGGCCUAGCACUCACAGAAGCACUCAUUAGGAGCAGUUUUCCCACCGCCAAUUCAGAGGAUCUGCUAAGGCCAUGUCUGUUCCAUCAUCACUGAGCCAGACGGCCAUUAAUGCCAACAGCCACGGAGGCCCCGCCCUGAGCCUACCCCUACCCCUGCACGCUGCCCACAACCAGCUGCUCAACGCCAAGCUGCAGACCACGGCUGUGGGACCGAAAGACUUACGCAGCGCCAUGGGAGAGGGUGGUGGGCCUGAGCCGGGCCCUGCCAAUGCCAAGUGGCUGAAGGAGGGCCAGAAUCAGCUCCGGCGGGCUGCCACAGCCCACCGUGACCAGAACCGCAAUGUGACCUUGACCCUGGCAGAGGAGGCCAGCCAAGAGCCUGAGACAGCACCCUUGGGCCCCAAAGGCCUGAUGCACCUGUACUCUGAGUUGGAGCUCUCUGCCCACAACGCGGCCAACCGAGGGCUCCGAGGACCUGGCCUGAUCAUCAGCACCCAAGAUCAGGGGGCAGAUGAGGGAGAGGAGAAGGCGGCAGGGGAGGCCGAGGAGGAUGAUGAAGAAGAGGACGAGGAGGAGGAGGACUUGUCUUCUCCCCCAGGGCUACCUGAGCCCCUGGAGAGUGUGGAGGUGCCCCCUGGACCCCAAGCACUUGCAGAUGGCCCCCGAGAGCACAGCAAGAGUGCUAGCCUCCUGUUUGGCAUGAGGAACAGUGCAGCCAGUGACGAGGACUCAAGCUGGGCUACCUUAUCCCAGGGCAGCCCCUCCUAUGGUUCCCCGGAGGACACAGAUUCCUUCUGGAACCCCAACGCCUUCGAGACGGAUUCCGACCUGCCGGCUGGAUGGAUGAGGGUUCAGGACACCUCAGGGACCUAUUACUGGCACAUUCCGACGGGGACCACCCAGUGGGAGCCCCCAGGCCGGGCCUCCCCCUCACAGGGGAGCAGUCCCCGCGAGGAGUCCCAGCUCACCUGGACAGGCUUUUCCCAUGGAGAAGGCUUUGAGGAUGGAGAAUUCUGGAAGGAUGAACCCAGUGAAGAGGCCCCGAUGGAUUUGGGACUGAAGGACCCUGAGGAGGGGACAUUGCCCUUCCCAGCUCAGAGCCUCAGCCCGGAGCCAUUGCCCCAAGAGGAGGAGAAGCUGCCCCAAAGGAACGCCAACCCAGGGAUCAAGUGUUUCGCUGUACGCUCCCUAGGCUGGGUGGAGAUGACUGAAGAGGAGCUGGCCCCUGGACGCAGCAGCGUGGCUGUUAACAAUUGCAUUCGUCAGCUCUGCUACCACAAAAAUGAUCUGCACGACCCCAUGUCUGGGGGCUGGGGAGAGGGAAAGGAUCUGCUGCUACAGCUGGAGGAUGAGACGUUAAAGCUGGUGGAGCCACAGAGUCAGGCCCUGCUGCACACCCAGCCCAUCGUCAGCAUUCGUGUGUGGGGCGUCGGGCGGGACAGUGGAAGGGACUUUGCCUACGUAGCCCGUGAUAAGCUGACCCAGAUGCUCAAGUGCCACGUGUUUCGCUGUGAGGCACCGGCCAAGAACAUCGCCACCAGCCUGCAUGAGAUCUGCUCUAAGAUCAUGGCUGAACGGCGUAAUGCCCGCUGCUUGGUAAAUGGACUCUCCCUGGAUCACUCUAAACUUGUGGAUGUCCCUUUCCAAGUGGAAUUCCCAGCGCCUAAGAAUGAGUUGGUGCAAAAGUUCCAAGUCUAUUACCUGGGGAAUGUGCCUGUUGCUAAACCUGUUGCAAGGAACUAUGGAAGAGUUUUCAGGAGAGCACUUGGCAUAAUGAGAUUUGAAUAUUGUAAAGCUCACUUUGGCUGUACCAUGGAGAAAGGUAAUCAGUGGGUGGAGGUAGAUGAAGAACUCAGGAAGAUCUUGAGGUAGUGGUGGCCAGUAUGAAGAAUAUCUUGGACUCUGGUGGAGCUGAAGGGGAGUAUGUAGACUCAAGAGAUAUUUAGACAGGAGUGUGUAGAUUCAGGAAAUAUUUAGACAAUUAAAGUCAACAGACCUUAGUGAUUGAUUGAAUGUGUGGUGAAGACGGAGGCAUUGAGGAUAACCCCUGUCUUCCUGGCUUUUGGAACUGAGUGGACAGUGGGGCCAUUCUGUAAAGGUAGCAGGCACUGGAAGAGGCCAGUUUGAGGCGCCUUGGGGAAGCCGAGUGGCAAAUUCAAGUAGGCAGCUGGAUUCACAGAGGAGAAGCCUGGGCUGGAGAUACAGAUGUGGGCAUCAGUGGAUUAUAGAGAUAAUCAAGGCCAUGAAUGUGGAGAAGAUUGACCCUGGAAAGUAGGUGGCCUGCAGUGAGAAGGGAGGUGGGUUAGACCUUAGCCUUGAGGCCUUCCAACAUUUAACGGGUGGUGGAGGAAGAUGAAACUGCAAGGAUAGUGAGAACAGAAGGAGAGGCCAGAGGGAAAAAAGAGACUAUUUCAAGAAGUGGUCGGGUAUCUGUCAAAACACACUUAGGAAGAACUCAACAAUGUUUGGUGAAUGGAUAAACAAACAAAUGAAAGAAUGAAUGAGAUGACAUAGCCAGGAGGUGCUAGACCUAGGACUCAGACCCUCAUCACCUUCAGUUUUCUGCUCUUCCCCUCAACCAUGCUGACUUUAAUGACCAGCAUCUUACAUUAAAUGAGGGAAUCCUACGUAGAAAGGGUGGGGAUUGACCUGGGGUUCAAAGGAAGGCCCAGAUUCGCAGAGGAGUGGGUAUUCCCAUUGGAUUCAAAGUCACUGCUACAGAUGUGGACCUGAAGGUGAGAAAAGUAUGCUGAGGGAAUAGGAAGGAGGCUUGGCUGACCCCUACACCUUUGCUCUCAUUUCCUCCACCCUCCUUACCUCAGCUUCUAAGCCCUUGUAGCCUCUUCCUGUUAUUACCCCUAUUUCUUUAUCCAUCUGCCACUUACUGGUUCUUUCUACACUAAAUCGUCUGUCUUAAACCCUUGACUGCCCCUCUGUUGCCCAUCAGCUUGAUGGGUCUGCUCUGUUGAAGCCAGAGCUUUCACACCAGUAGGCUCUAAGCUCACUUCUUGUUUCAUCUUAUGCUCCCUUUUUAACCUCCAGGAGUUUACAUUGGCCCCCGCAGAAGCUGCGAUGUUCAUUUGUUAAUCAUUCAGUCAACAAAUGACUGCUGACUGCCUGGUUUGUGCCAGGCAUUAUUCUAGGUUCUUGGCAUACACUAAUGAACAAAAGUGACAAAGAUUCCAGCCUUCAAGUAGCUGCCAUUCUAGCCAGGAGAGACAGACAAUAAAAUAAGUAAAUGAUAUAGUAUGUUGGAAGGCAACAUAGAUAUGAAAAAAAAAACAAAAAACAAAAAAACCCAUCAGGAUAGGGAACAUUGGGAGUGCAACUCAGGCUUUUUCCAGGCCAUAGUUGUUCCACUGCUUUCCCCACCUCCAUGCUGAUCCUCCUCAUACCCUGAGGCCAGGCCCCGGCCCCACAGCCCCAUCUGCUACUUAAGCAGUUUGACUUUGAGGUCUCAUGCACACUCAUGAUCUUUGAGACUUUCUAUUGACUGGCGUCAGUGUCAUAAAUAUCACAGUCUUCUGCAAUCUAACCCAGCUCACCCACUCCUGCCUGAAUUAUUACCUUUCUGUGGACUCCUGGGUUAGUUAGUUAUACCAGUUUGGGUGCAUUAGCAUGUGUUGCCUACAGGUUAUUUGCUCAUGCAUUUGGAAAUCCUUCAGUAGAUGAGCCUUAUGCUAGGAUUGGUGACACAGAGAUGACUUAAACUUGGUUUCUGUCCUUGAGAUGGCCAGCCCAGUGUGGAAGAGAUUUUCCGUCAGUUACAAGAUGUUGUGCUGAGUUGUCCCAGCAAUGCCCUCUCUUUGCCCUGCAGCAGGGAAGGCUUCCCAGGUGGAGGCUGAGUGAACCCUGAAGGGUGAGAAUUGGGAGUUGCAAAGACAGUCAAAGAGGGGAGGGCACGCCAGACAGAGGCUUUUCCAUCAGUGACAGUCUGUGUCCCUCGAGGGCAUCCUCUUCUCUCACUUUGUAUUCCACACCUGUCUCGUGGGGCAUUUGCCAAGAUGACAUGUUAAUAAAUGCUACAUCAGUCAUUUGAAACUCAGGGAGCAGUAAAAUAUGAUGCUUGACAGCUCAGAUGAGGCCAGUUUUUGGAGGACUUGCAUGCUUGGGAAUUUGGCCUUGAUCCAGCCAGAGGUAAGAUGACCAAGGCCAAGAGAGAGGACUUUCGAGGAAGACAUAUAUCCUACACUUUGUCCUCUGCCCACAAAAGGUCCAUAUGGUCUGCUUCUAUUAGGAACCCACAGGCACUGAAAGGGGCAAGAGGGCCUGGGAGGGACCACAGAGGUGUGUGCUUUUGCAUUGGCAUUGUUCACGCUAACAUCUUCACUGCAAGGGUGAAGACACCAAGAUUCCACAGCUAGCUCCUGACUGUACAGGAACGAGAACCCAUGCCUCCACCUUGCCACAUGCAUGGGUUCUCCACUAAGUGCAAGCAGAAGUGGGACGCAAGAGUGGAGGGAACCCAUUGUGUUACAAGGGAAAGUUGAUUAAUCUAAAAUCCAGGAAUAUGGGGUUCCUUGGCCUUUGAGUGCAUUAUAGAAAUCAUCAAGUGUAACUAAGAGUUUAAGAGCCCUUCCAGUUCUGGAAAUUAGCAAUAUAGAGAAGAGUCAGGGGAAAGGCCUGGCUAAGAACUCAGGCUCUGGAAGCAAACUGCCUGUGUUCAGAUCCCCAUUCCUCCAUGUGACCUAAGGUUUAUUACUUGACUUCUAUAAACUUCCUUAUCUAUAACAUGAUGAUAAAAGGAUCUGUUAUGAGAUUGUUGUAAGGCACUUAAUGAAUUAACACAGAGUGACAGAAGAAUAAACAUUUCCCCAAUUGAGUAUCUUCAAAAAACAAAGGUAGGGUUUUGGGUGAGGACUGGCCUGAGGGCUGAUUUGGGAGUCAUUAUUGUGUGAAGCCGUGGAAGGCCUGAAUGUGGAUGAUCAUUGAAAGUAAGAAAUGGGGAGAUCAGAGCUUUGGGGGUCAAUCAGUUUAGGGGGCUGGAGGAAGAGGCAGAGUUAGUGAAGAAAAUCAAACCUAGGAUUCAAGAUGGAAGAAACUAGAAAAGUGCCAAGUCACUGAGGCCAAGGAGGAAAGCACCAGUGAAGGGAUACCUGUGCAGCACCGUUGGGGGCUAUAGGCUGGUGAGGUGGGGGUAGAGGGAAGGCCCUGGGCUUGACUGAGCAGAGCUGGAAAGGCUAGGGUAGAGCCAUGUUUGUGUCCAUAUC